AUGGUCUUCCGGGCCGGCGCUCGUCGCGUCGUUCGACGAUCCAUCCCCGUCCUCCCUGCCAUGGGCCCCAGCCCUACCCGAUACCUCGCCGGUCGAAACAACUUCGUCAUUGCUAGCAUGAGCCAGCAAAUUCAGCGACGUGGUUAUGUUGCCGAGACAAACCCCAACCCUCCUUUGGGAAAGAAGAAUGCUUCAAACGAUGGCCCUUCUCGAAUUGGUCUAAUAGGCGCCCGAGGAUACACUGGUUCAGCUUUGGUUGAGCUUCUUAACGAGCACCCCAACAUGGAGCUUACCCAUGUUUCUUCUCGAGAACUCGCUGGACAGGAACUUCAGGGUUACACCAAGCGCAAGGUCAUCUACGAGACUUUGUCGCCUGAGGAUAUUGCUCAAUUGGACAGCCAAGGCAAGGUUGACUGCUGGAUCAUGGCUCUUCCCAACGGUGUUUGCAAGCCUUAUGUUGAUGCUUUGGAUGGAAUUAAGAGCCAGAGCGUUGUUGUGGAUCUCUCUGCCGACUAUCGAUGGGACGAAAAGUGGACAUACGGUCUCCCCGAGCUUGUUAAGCGAUCCAAGAUUGCGCAGUCCAACCGCAUCUCCAACCCCGGAUGUUACGCCACUGGUGCUCAGAUUGGUCUCGCUGGAGCUCUUGACCUUAUCGAGGGAACACCCACUAUUUUCGGUGUCUCAGGUUACUCUGGAGCCGGAUCUAAGCCCAACCCCAGGAACAACGUCGAAGUUCUCAAGGAUGCCAUCAUCCCUUACUCUCUUACCGGACACAUCCACGAGCGCGAGAUUUCUACACAACUCAACCACCCCGUCGCUUUCAUCCCCCACGUUGCUGGAUGGUUCAGGGGUAUCACUCUGACUAUUAGCAUUCCCCUUACCAAGGAGAUGACUUCACGAGAUAUUCGACAACUGUACCAGGACCGCUACGCCGGAGAGAAGCUUAUCAAGGUUGUCGGCGAACCACCCCUGGUGAGUGCCAUCUCAGGCCGCCACGGAGUCGAGAUUGGCGGCUUUGCUGUCGACAGCACCGGAAAGCGCAUUGUGGUUGUCGUCACCAUCGACAAUCUGGCAAAGGGUGCCGCUACUCAAUGUCUGCAAAACAUGAACCUCGCCCUGGGUUACGGAGAGUACGAGGGUAUUCCCGUCAUGUAA